UUUCAUUCUUCGGGUGAACUAUCCCUUUGAGGCCCUUAUCACAGUCUAGUUUACAUACAGAGCAUGGGGUCUUGUGGGGCCCCUGUGGACCCGGGUCAGCUGUGGGUCCAUCCUCAGUGAUCCUCGGCUCUGCUGCAGUCACCAUGACUCCACCACUAGGCCUCCCCUCUGCCUAUCGCUGCUCGCCCGCACGCUGACGCCGAGACCCGGAAGUGCCGCCGCCGCUGCAGCUGCUUUGUUUUGUUUUGGUUGUCGGGAGUUGUGUAAGCGAGCGACAGGCGGAGGUCGCCCCGGGAGAGGGACGCUCUUCACAUGGGGAGAGUCCAACCGGGGAUGGAAGAUGACGGACCGGUAGCUGACGCCUGCGGGAUGCCGAGCUUCAUCGGCUGCUUCGAGGAGGAGGAGGAGGUGAAGGGGAGGGCGAGACUGUCCCGCAGCCUGGAAACUUCCUUCGCAGACGGCAAAGUUGAGCGGCGGGUCGCAGACAAGCACCGGGACGUGGGCAGGACAGACUCCCGGUUGUCGCUCGACGGAGGCGGCGGGAGGAGCGGCGGCGAGGGGGGGAAGGAUGCGGGGGGCAACAACAACAACAACUGCAACGGAGGAGGAGAGAGGAGGAGGAGGGCGAGCGCCGUGGAGAUUCUGAGGAGGAAUUUCGGGGUCGUGAAAUCUCCCUCCCUCCGGUUCACCGCAGGCCGGCGGAUGCAGGACAACAACCAGAGCAGCGUCAACAACGACGGCCAUGGAGGCGACUGUGGCGACGACAAAAAGUCGGACGUUGAAACGGGCGACGCGGGGAUCAGAAACGAGCCAACCCCGAGCGAGUUGACGGCUUCUGAUGCGGAUCAGCGGCAUCGAACAUGCGACAGUGACUGUAACACUGUGCGUGUAGAGGAGUCACAUGGCGUCAAACAACAUGUCUACUGCACUGUUUACUGCAUUGCCAACGACGUGCUCCGCACUGAAGCCGCACACCGCCGCGACGAUGAGGCGGACGCACCUGACCCUGCGGACCCGGGCUCCGAGACAGAGACGGAAGCGGGUUCGAGUCCCGAGCCGCCGCUGUAUACCCUGGACGACCUGGUGGACCCUUUCGGGGACAUUUCCAACCAGCUGUACAAGGAUCAGGACGAUGCGGGGAGCACGGUGCGGGGCUGCCGGGUGUGCCUGGAGGACAAAACCAUCGAGCCCCUGCUCUGCUGCAGAAUGGCCGUGUGUGAUGAGUGUUUGAAACUCUACGUCAGCUCCCAGGUGCGAGUGGCCAAACCACACAUCAGCUGCCCGAUCCCAGAGUGCAGUGGCUACCUGAAGGAAAGCGUGGUGGUUUCCCACUUGGCCAAUGAGGACGUGGCCAAGUACCGUUACUUCCUGGAGUUGAAUCAGCUGGAUUCGAGCACCAAGCCGUGCCCCCAGUGCAGUGACUUCACCUCUCUGAAGAAGCACGACAACAACCAGUCCGAGCACAAGUACAAGAUUCAGUGUGGGAACUGCCAGUUUGUGUGGUGCUUUAGAUGCCACGCGCCCUGGCACAAUGGCCUCAAGUGCCGCGACUACAGGAGAGGAGACAAGCUGCUACGAACGUGGGCUAGUGUCGUAGAACAUGGACAAAGAAACGCCCAGAAGUGUCCACAGUGCAGGAUCCAUAUACAGCGUACAGAGGGAUGUGACCACAUGACAUGCACACAAUGUAACACAAACUUCUGUUACCGCUGUGGGGAGCGCUAUCGACACCUCAGGUUUUUCGGGGACCAUACAUCCAACCUCAGCGUGUUUGGCUGCAAGUAUCGCUAUCUGCCCGAUAAACCUCAUCUGAGACGGUUCAUCAGAGGCUCCGUCUGUGGCACUAAGGUGCUGAUAGCUCCAGUGGUCAUUGUGCUGGUGGUGGUGCUGGGAGCUCUCGCACUGGUGAUAGGUUUGGUGGCUUUCCCCGUCUACUACGUGUGUAAGAGGAAGAAGCAGCGCACUCAGGGCUCUGGACGGUGGAUCUGAAAUCUGCCGCUGCACUACAUCCAGACCGAGGAGCUUGAAACGACAACGCCCAUAGUUCCCUCAGGGACAGACGUGCCAUGCCGAGUCAUCGCAGAAUACUUAGAGGAACAUCGGAAAAUGAGCAGUAAAUGAGAACGAGGAUAAUCAAACUGAAAAAGACGUAAGAGACCCACACAAAUGUAAGUCGAAUUCUGGAGGAAUCGCUGUGUGGUCACGUAACGGAGAACAACUGUUCAAAUCAGCUUCAUAACAUUUCACAGCCAAGAGGACUUUGCUGCUCUUUUACCGGUCACGUCACUGUAGGUCUCAGCACUUCACACAUUUCCAGUCUCACAUUUACAGCUGUCUUUCUGGAGAGCGAAUCAACACACAGGUAACAGACGGAGGCAGAUUUGUUUACACCCGCACAUGUGAGAAUGUGCUGAAAGAGGAGAUGUUUGGAUACCGGAAAAAAGUCUUCAAGGAACACUCACUGCUGGAACAACUGGUGAAUGUUCGGAGACUCUCACGGGUGAAUAAUGUAGAUAGAGAGGAAACAGUGUGAGAAUGGAAUGUGAAUUUGGAACAAGCCAUGAUGGAGAAAUUCCUUUUAACUGAUUCACCGAGAACUGGACUCUCUUUCUCUGCUAGAGACAGAGUUUGGAUACGGAUAUCUAAAAGAAGCACACACUGGAAGGUAGAAUAACUAAAGUCCGAUGGAUGGAGAGAUGAUUAGACUCUGGUGCUUUUGUUAUUGGCUAAUCCGGAUCAAACUAACUCUGCCUGAGCUCACGCUCUUGUUAGAAGACGUGAGACUUGCUUUGUGUGGCUUUUUGUAAAACACAAUUAUUUGUGGAUUUUUAGUGAAACUCCAUUGUUUUCUGUUGAGGAUUUCUAUCAGCUCCUUCCUCUUAUGUGCCUCUGUCUUCCUCACAUUCUUUUCAUUCUUCCUCGCUGGAUGGUGGCUCAAACACACACAGACACACAGAUCACUAUAGUAUAGACUUAAAUUAUUUUCCUUUACACAAAAAACAGCUUUUUCCAAAUUGUUGGCAUAGACACAGCUUUUGACCCAAAGUAGCCUGUAACAGAAGUACACACAGACUCACACACACACACACUCCCAGCUUGCCAGCUCAUCUCUGUCAAAUCUAAACGCUGUAUACCAGUAUCUGCAUCAUCAUAAAAAAAAAAGCUGCUGUGUGGUGAUUGUGCCAAAACAAAACGCUGAACGUGGCAGGACAGACGGUCGAACCCGUCUCUUUGUUGGCUUAGGUUUUUGUUAUCGUUUUUUAGGUGGUUGCCCUUUGCAGAGGUUCGGGUGGUGUCGCUGUCGGUGUUGUGGCGUCUGCACAAGAUCACGCAGGUCGGAGACAUGAUUAUGGACGAGGCAGCUGGAAACCAUUCAGACGCACUUAUGCAAAGAAUUCAAAUGACUGAUCGCAAUGCUUCGAAUGGUGCCUGUCGAAACACAGAAUGCAGUGUUUGAGGUUUUAAUUAGCUUUUUAUUUAAGUGUGGAUGGUGGUUUGCUGAACAGUAAACAGGUGAUUUUUAGAAAAUACAUGCAUAUAUAUUUAAUAGCGUAGAGAGGUCAUCAUCAGGUUGCUGUGCACUGGAUAUCUGGUUUUAAAUUAUGAGGGGGAUCAGCCUUUCAAGCUUUUCAAGAAUCCAAAGUUUGGGAUUUUCUCGAGGUUUUAACGGUGAUAGGAUUUCUUUCUGCUUGCGGGUUUGAAUCAGGAGAUCUUCAACCUUUAAAGGUCGUCACCUGGCAGCAGCCUCUUCUCUGUCCUUCACUUUAUCUCUACUUCUUCUCUGAUCUCUCACUUUACUCAACAUCUAUUGUCCACCUGGAAUUUACAUCCCUCUGACCUUGGCCGUGAGAGGAGGCGGGGGAGACUGACAGUUACAUUACGAAAAGGCUCUAUUCACAAGGGUAGGUGCACGUCCACUGGAGCAGUGGCUGAAAGGCUGGAGGCUCUGGUAUGUGGGGAUAACACAGAGCUACAUGUGGUGCACGCUGCGGUCGAGUCCAUCAGUCAAAGAGGUGUUUGUUUUUAUGCCCUCACUUCAUUGAGCUGUCUUUUUUUAUGUCCCUAUUUCAUUAGAGGUCUUUGUGCACAUUUUAAUGGAGAGACGAGUGCUUCUAUGUUUCACCCCCCCCCCCCCCCCCCCCGCAAAGAAUCUAAAGAGCCCCAGAAAUGCUGCAUUAUCUCUCCUUUCUCCCUCAGCCAAUGACAAUGCAGUGUUGCGCCCACGUGAUGAAGAAUAAAAGUAAACCGGCAGUGGCAUAGACAAAGAGACCGCUGAUGAACGGGAGAGAAUCGUGAUUAGAAAUUCUCAGUUUUUCCAGAGUGGUGCGGCACUAACGUCGGUCACCUGUGGAAUAUGUUACAGAAUGUUUCAUCUCUCAAUCCUCACGUAAUCCAGGAUUUAAGGUGUGAAGGAAAAGCAGGGUUGAUGUUGACGAUGACGUUGUGCACAUGGGACAUUCAAUGUCCCUGAAGGACAGAGAGUGCACUGUUACACACUGAUUUCCCAAGAGGUCCUGAAUCUGGUGGGUUGAACGAACUCUCAGGGAGUCUGUUUUCUGUUCACACUCCACACACACACACACAUACUCGAGCUGUGCCACAAAAAUCCCAGAGAUUGAAAUAUGCUGACUGAUAUAUUUACCCAGAGCUGCUUAGCAACCAUGUGAAUUCCAGGAAGUAAAAAAAAAAAAAAAAAAAAAAAGUCAUCCUGACUCAGCGUUUUUUUUUCCGGGCCGUGUUGUGAUACGGCACUGACAAUGGGAACUAGAAAAAAAUGUGUUUUGAUGAGUCAGCACUUGGAAAAUCGAAUGUGUACGUUUUGUGCGCCAAACUGUUGUUGACUUGAAAUGUUUUUGUCGCCUAAUGUGUUAUGUCUAACUGCUCAGUUCGCACCACACUGACAUGUUGGUUUGACUGACAUGUGACUGAAGCGUGGAGCAUGACGGAUGUAAUCUUGUGAUCAUCCCCAGAAAAUUAGCAAGAAACGCAUAAUUUAUCAUUUCCUCCGCAGCUUCACACGAGCAUGGGUUUACUGUCACAGUUAUGGAAGUUACGAAUGUGUUCCAUCUGUUUAGCUGCAGGACAAAUGGAAAUGAAUAUGGUUUUCUGACACCUUGGUAUUUUGUCACAGUUCAUCCACCCAUAUCUGAUGUCCCUCUCCUCUGUUCAUGUCUGUUCAUGCUUCAGAAUGCUGCCCACUGUUGCAAUGUAAAGACGCCACAUAGAUUUGCUUUGUUUUACUCUCUGAUUACCACAUAUUACUGACUUCAUCACCAACAUUUACCUGAACAAUAAGUAACUGUUUGGUUGAAGCUUUACAUGCUUUAAAAAAAAAGCAGAAAAAAGCUCAAUGUUAUUCUCUCAUUGACGUGAGAGUUGUUUUAGCCUGUUACUUUUCUGUGCCGGGGUGUGUUGGCAGGCUGAUGCCCCCGGUACUUUUUUAGUUUGUGUUACAGUCCCAGUGAUGUUUUUGUAAAUAUGCAAUGGUGCCUUCACAGCCACAAUAGAUCAGGGUUUGACAAGCUGGGGUUCAGAUUGAAAAUGGGAGUUACAGCUUUGAACAGAUGUUUUAAAAGCAAAGUUGAAGACCGUCUUGUGAUGAGACACCGGAUGUUCCAAUCCAUGAGUAUUUUAGUAUAUUUAAUGAUUACUCAGAUUACUCAGUACUAAUGGGUUGGAGCACUCUAAUCUUUAAACUCUGUCUUUUGAUCUAAACACACCGAUAAAGUUUCAUGCCUGCAAUUGUGAUGCUUGUGACAAAAUCUGUCAACAGACACACUGACAUUUAACAGCUGCCAAAGAUGACACACAGACAUACACAUAGGACAAAAGCAAAACCCACCAUGUUGUUGUGAUUGGGUAUGUACAGGUGAAUCUCAAUAAAUCUGAAUCAUGGAAAAGUUAGUUUUUCCCAUUAUUUAAUUCAAACUAUUAUCAUUACAUAUAAUAUAUUCUAGAUUCAUUAGACGUAGAGCAAAAUAUGUCUGUUGAUAUCAAUGAUUGCGGCUCACAGCUCAUUUACAUCCAAAAUCCAGAAUCUCUAAUAAUUCUAAGAUCAAUCAAAAAAAUGAUUUGUAAUACAGUAAUACAGGCAGGUUGGCUGGCCAAUCAAGCCCCAAAACAGUUAGUAUAGAAUGUAUACAUUUAUACUUUCUGAAAUUGCUGACGAGAAAAUUAAUUAAACUAGAAGUGAAACGAUGAAUUAUCUUUACAGGUACCACAAUCCAGGGUGUCAGCCACUUCCCAGUGAGACUUUCACCUUUGGCUCAUACUAACCUCACUGUUUUGACUGUUUGGAUUAAAAGGAGGAAACACCCCCUAUAUUAAUAGUUGCCAUGAGGCUGGUAUGGGACUAACGUGCUAAGUGAGCAUGGUGAUUAAAACAAAAAGGUGUGUCAUUUGCAGGAAAUCAAAUGUCCUUUUCAAGACAAUCACACAGGGGGAUUUUUAUCUCAGGAGGCCUGUGGGUGUUCAGUCUGCAGUACUCAGUGUACUCCCUCCCCCUCUCUAGAUAUGCACUUGCUGGAAAAACAACAGCAUCUUAAAUGUACAUGUACGACACUUUUUAUCAAGGGUGUUUCUAUUCAAAGAAAUGACUGAAACUUGAUGUGAGUGCUCCUUGUUUGCACCCAGAACCCACAUUCUUCCACCUGCUGCCCCUGAUAAAUCUGUCUGCUGAUGUUAUUAUUAUAACUGUUCACUUAGCCAGGCACAAAGAUCUGACAGAAAAUAAAUACAACUGGAUCCAAA